CAGGCAGAAAGACACACGGUGAGGAACUAGAAAGAGAGGUGCGUGGUCACAUCGUCAUCUUCCUCAAUUCUUAAUUUCUAAGUUCCCAAAAAGCAGCAGAUUGGUUCUCUUUAGUUUUGGUUCUCUACCAGCAGCAGGCUUGGGAGUGAAUGCGAUUAAGAAGAUACUAUAUGCACAUAUGCAUAUAUAGAGAGAGAAAGAUUGAGUAAUAUUUAAGGAAAAAGAGAAAUUUAAAAAAAAAUUGCAUUACAUCACCACAAAUUCAAGUGUACUUUAAUUCUUGUCAUCAAAUGUGACCGUUUUAUGCUUCAAGGAUCCGCUUUUUUCGCUUCUUCCCAUAAGCCUUUUCAGAUUAUCUUGCCAAGACCUCAAACAAACAGUGUGUUGUGUCUGAGACCGCUGGCUAGCUACUCGUUAUAUAUGUCAUUUUCAUUCUGAUUUUAUGACUUUGACAAGCCCCUUUACUUUACACAUAACACCUUUCUUAUUUCGAAACCUUUCAGCAAAGGCAUAAGUUUACCAAUUAUGGGCAAGGAGUGGCAUCGGGAGGGAAGGUCCUCCAAGAGAGGUGGAGGUGCUCAAACAGAAAUCCCUUCCGGUUGCAUGUGUGCAAUGUUUCAGGUAUUUGAUUUUCAUCCUUUUCACUUUUCCAUUGACCAGCAACAUUCUUCUUUCAAGUCUCGCACCCCAGAAGACCACACUGUCCCCAAAGGAGUUGAAGCACCAAGGAGUAGCUUGGAGUCAGAAACUGGUACUACAGUGUCAUCAAUCUCAAAAGAGGAAAAUUUUAAAAUACCAAAGAACAUUCGAAUCAAAACAAGAGGGAGCACAAGAUCAAGAACAGAAAGUUUUAGUGAUUUUUCCUCAGAAAUCGGUGCCUCUCCAGGGACCAAGACACCAACUUUGGUUGCAAGAUUGAUGGGUCUUGAUCUUCUUCCCGAUGCACAUUCCUCUUCUUCCCCAUGCCUUUCCACUCCAAACCUUCACAAACCACAGCAACACAUCAAAAUAAUCAAACAUAGAAACAGCACUGGCAGUAACGCCUUGCCUGAGACUCCUAGAAUGUCCUCUGCAAGAAGAUCAGAUGUUGAGCAUAGACAAUCUCUCCAAAUCAACAAGGAGAACAACACAGUCCCCUAUGAGGAUUCUGAGUCUCCUCGGUUUUCAUUUUCAAAGAGGAAAUAUGAUGAGAACAAUUUCAGGAGUCCAAGCCACUAUGCCAGGCAAAUUGUGAAACAGAUUAAAGAAAGUGUGAGCAGGAAGGUUGGACUAGACAUCACCAACACUGUCAAGAACAGAGAACAAGGAAGAGAAGAAUCUGUAGGCCAAUUCAAAUUCAAGAAAAAAUCUAAAACUUCAGUGAAUGAAUCCAGCCCUGUAAAACACUCAAACUCAUCUUACUCCCCAAGGCUCAACAGAUUCAUUGAUACCAAACACAAACCAAGCACUACAACACAAUCACCAACUACUCCAAAAAAUCAAAACAUACACAUACUAAAACCACCAUCAACAACUACUCCAAAAAAUCUAAACACGCACUCAGUACUAAAACCACCAUCACCUCCUCCUGUUGUCAACAUUGAAACACAGCUUUCAAGAGUUUCUACAAAGCCAAAGCCUCAAGCAUCGCCUGAGAAAGAGGUGCAUAACCAAAAAUCAGUAACAAAAGGCAAGAACACUGGCAGUGGAAAGUUGAGUUCCCGGGUCAACAAGCCUCCACAGACAUCAAUCAGAAACAAGCAAGAAGAGUCAUUUAUUACUCGUCCUCCAUCAGCCACUAAAGCAAAUGACAUCAAAACCAAAAGCAAGAGAACUCAUCCACUUUCAAGCAAUCUUCUUAAUAACCUCAACACGGUUCCAAAUCUUCUCCCUGUCAAGACAGGACCUUCUCCUCAAAAACAGUCACAGCCGCAGGUACGUGAUGAUGAUGCUCGAGAUGAAAGACGCAGCGCACAGUUAUUUAGUAGUUCGCGCCCGACGUACAAACAAGAAGCGCCACGAUCACACCCACCCCGAGGAGCAACCACCAGCAGCGAUGACGACAAACUUCACGGCACCUCCGCCACCACCACCGGCGCAGACGACGACGAAGGACCAGAAUAUCAGUACAUUACAAGCAUUCUAACUCGUAGUACCACCACUGGACCCCACAACAGCAACAGCGCUACAGCACCAAUACCCCACCUCCAGUUUCAGUGGUUCUCUCCGACACACCCCUUGGACCCUUCCGUUUUUCACUGUCUCGAGCACUACCCAACAUCCAAUUCCUUUGUUUCCUUCCCCGGCGACAACAAAGAUUGCAUCUUUCAGCGGAAACAGCAUCUGGGUCCGCGCUGCAACCGUAGAUUGCUGUUCGAUUUGGUCGACGAGUUGCUGUCGGAGAUUCUGGUUCGGCCGAGGCGUUACAGAGAGGCGUUGUUGGAGACGACGGUGUGGGAGAGGGUUCGGAGAUUCCCACGUGCGAAGUGUGAGGUUUUGGAGGAUAUUGAUGCGUUGAUUGAGAUGGAGGAGAUGAGGGAGGAAGAGAAAGAGGAAGGGGAAGGGUUGGUGAAAGAGAUUGAAAGGAGCAUGUUUGAGAUGUUGGUGGAUGAAACGUUUACCGUUAUGGUUGGUGGCGUGGAUAAGUACGUAGAGGACGACGUCGUUUGAAGGGAAAGUGUUAAGUGGGUGUCACAUGGGAAAAGGGUUCACGUGAUGUGAUGAAUGAGUGAGAUGCUUGGCCAUGGCCAUGGAUCCGAUCAUCCGUGGAAGCCGUGGUGGUGUGGGUCCCGCUUUGAAGCCAUCAAAGGGGAAGGGAGGGGCUCAUACGUGGUUUUGUAAAACUCAUGAUUUUCUCUAGGGUUUUCCAUGCCCUUUGUUUUUUUAUCCCUCUCCCUCCCUCCCUUGUAAAAUUUGGACCUGUUUUUUUAUGUUCCUUUUUAAGCUAUACUCCUGUUGUCUCUUCAAAACUGUAUUGUUUUGAGAGUUGGGUUAACUUUCAAAACGAUUUCUUGUCGAAGGAACAGUUUGGAGAGGCAGAAUCACAACAGAUAAGUCAAUAAAAUUCUUUUUUUUU